AUCCACCCAAUUCAAAUCCAUCCCACAUCAGUCCAGGUCAAAUGACAUCCAACCGCAAAGAAGCCACAGCUCAAAAUCCGACUAUAGAAUACGUUAUAGAUUAUAGAUAUCCAAGUACCCGGAUCCGAUCCGGCAGGGUUGAUACCGAAUCAAGCGUUUAUUGAGAUUUGCUCGUUAGCAGCUAUACAUGUGACCUGUCUCUCCGCAAAAUCCCCUCCCGAAAGUCAAGUCCUCAGCACCCCCAAGUGUUACUCAGAUCACCGGAUUUCAUACUCCCUAAUCCACGGCCACCAGUGCCCGCCUCCCGUCAUGAGUUCUCCGGCGCUUUCAGGAGGCCUCUUUUCUGGAUUUACACGGCUAUGCAAGGGCCUCGCUGUGAUACUUGUCAGCGGGCACAUAGUGGUGCAGAUUUUCCCUUCAGCUGUUACGUAUCUUGCACUUAUCCCUGCCAGGACAAUUCCUUUUGCUUGGAACCUCAUAACGGCUGGUUAUGUUGAACAAUCAGUUUAUGGGGUGGUCAUCAGCACACUUGGUCUACUCUUUGUUGGGAAGCUCCUUGAACCGAUCUGGGGUUCUAGAGAGUUCUUGAAGUUCAUAUUUGUAGUUAACUUUCUAACGUCUGUUUGCGUUUUCAUUACUGCUAUUGCCUUGUACUAUAUAACAAGGCAGGAAAUUUACCUUUAUAUGCCUCUUUCUGGCUUCCACGGGGUCCUUUCAGGUUUUUUGGUUGGAGUGAAGCAAAUCAUACCUGAUCAAGAGCUAUCUCUAUUUUCGUUAUUGAGAAUUAAGGCAAAGUGGUUGCCAUCUCUCAUGCUAUUGUUGUCAAUUGCGAUAAGCUUUUUUACCACAGAGUCAGCAGCAUAUCUUCCAAUUUUAAUAUUUGGCACAUAUAUCAGCUGGAUUUAUCUCAGAUUCCUACAGAGAAAACCAGAAACAAAGAUCAGGGGUGAUCCUAGUGAUGAGUUCGCUUUCUCUACCUUCUUCCCUGAAUUUUUAAGACCAGUUAUUGAUCCCAUUGCAUCAGUAUUUGCUCGGAUGUUUUGUGGAAGAUCUGAAACCUCUGGUGAGGCUGCAGGUUAUACCCUAGGAGGUGCCCCAUUGCCUGGCUCUGACCCUAUUGAAGCAUCACGGAGGAGGGAAAGAGGCGCUCGAGCCCUGGAAGAAAGGUUGGCAGCUGAGAGAUCUGCUGGAGGGAGUGCUGAAGAGCCGCAAAGAGAUCCAGUGGAGAAUGUCUAAAAGUUUUAGAAACAACACUAUCAAGUGUGUGCGCGCUUUAGGACUUACUACAAGAGAGGCUGUGCAGUAUAUGGAGAUCAUUCCUUUUUGGACAAUUUUUUCGUACAUUUUCUUUGGAAUAUUAUCUUCACGAUACAAAAAAAAUACAACAUUUUUGUGCUGCAUUUCAAGAUAUAUAUAGAAAAAAGUUUCGGCAUGGUGGUUGCCUUCGCUAUCUACCACCCGAUCAGAUCAGCUUGAUUCA